AUGUGCGCUAAAACUUCGGUCUGUGCCCGACAAGAUCUUAUUGAAGACGAAAUCUGGCUGAACAAGGAAAAGGUACCAUUUUCUAAACGACUUCAGAAUUGCCUGAAAGAAAUAAAAGCUAGAGCCGCAUCGGAAAACAGCGUUGAUCCCAUAUUUCUCCAUUUAAAAAUACGCGCUUGCUCAGAAAAUAAUUUUCCAACAGCAGCAGGAUUAGCGUCUUCGGCUGCAGGUUACGCGUGUUUUGUAUUUGCCCUAGCUAAAUUGUACAAGGUGAAAUCUGAUAUCAGUUUCUAUUGCAAGAUUGGGUUCUGCAGUGCUUGUAGGAGUGUGUAUGGAGGGUUUGUUAGAUGGCAUGCAGGUUCGAAGCCAGAUGGCUCUGAUUCUGUAGCUACUCAAAUCGCUGAUGCAUCCCAUUGGCCAGAAAUGAGAGCCUUAAUCCUUGUAGUUGGUGACAAAAAGAAAGAGACUAGUUCAACUGGUGGAAUGGCAGUCUCUGUUAAAACUUCAGAAUUGAUGAGACAUAGAGUAGAGUAUUGUGUACCACAGAGAACCGAACUCAUAGUUGAUGCGAUCAAGAAUAAAGAUUUCCCAAAAUUUGCUGAGAUAACUAUGAAAGACAGUAAUCAAUUCCAUGCAAUUUGUUUGGACUCAUAUCCACCAUUCGUUUAUAUUGAAUGA